AUGAGAAAGGACUUACUGCAAAGAAAUCUCGUUUUUAAUGCCACGUUACUUAACAAUGAUGAAGUUAAAAUAAACACAGCUACUCUAGAUAUAAAAUGGCACACAUACGAAAACAGACCUAUAAAAGUAAUGGACCACAAAGUUCUGUCUGGGAUAAGCUACAAGGAUGCAGCUAAGAGCCACCUGAAAGUAGCUAUAAUAGACAAGGAUAACCCUUACGGUAAGAUAACCACCGAAAGAGAAAUCCUUGUCAAAAAGACACCGAUGGUAGAGCUGGACAAAAUAAUCUUGUCCGCCUCCUGCAGCAAAACCAAUCCACCCACAUUCAGGUCUUGGUCGCACUCUGGUGAAAUCAUCAGAGUAACCUGCGACGAUGACCUGACGUUGGAAUGGCUAAAAACCAAGGUACCGACUAUAAAAACAUGGGAAGGAGCAACAAGGGGAAGCGCAAGCUGA